CCCUCUAGGGUUACUCGGAACGAUUCUUUCGAAUCAUUCUCCGGAUCUACUUCAUCCACUCCUUCAUGGUUACCACUUGCUGGACUGCAAAAUGCAAAGGGUAAUUGGGAUUUGAAUGCGAGCCUGGCCAAAGUGUUUGAAAUACAACUGAAGCAGCUACGAUCUUCACGGCCUGUCUCAUGGCCCGCCCCGGCAACAACGAAGAUCACUACUACUGUAUGGGCGACUGCACUUUCUCUUGCUUACUUGAGACUCCGAGCCCAGGAUGCUGCCAAUGAGUGGAGCCUCCUAGCCAACAAAGCCAGAUCGUGGCUAGUAGAUCAAGCGCGUAAAUUUGAAAAAGACCCCACAAUCGUUAAACAACUUUGUGAACAACUUCUGACUUUGGCGGAGAACGUGAUCAAAAUGAAGGGAUUA